ACUGUAAAGUCAACUGCAAAGCGCCAGAAGAUCUGAACAAGUAGCUGGGAUUUAUGUACACAUCUGACACAUUUUAAUGUCUAUAGAGUGAGCAAGACUUUGGAUUUGGACUCCAGCUGCUUUUCAAAGAACAGACUGAAGGGUUAUUUAUAAGAAAAACUUAUGGCAAACCAGUCGUUGGUCGCAUUAAACGGGACUCAAAUUUCCUUCAUCGGACAUGACUGUAAGGAACUUCCAGACUUCCUUGGAGAAACAUAUGGGCAUUUUGCAAGAAGACUGGAUCUGAGCUUCAAUCAGCUCAGGUCACUGGCAGGCCUCAAAAUGUUCAGUGAGCUGGAAGAACUGGUCGUCGACAACAAUCUGCUUGGAAAUGACCUCCAGUUGCCCAGGUUACCCAGGCUCCACACCCUCACACUCAAUAAGAACCAGCUGACUGAUAUCGAGGCCCUGCUGGAACACUUGGCUGAUGUGACCCCAUCACUGGAGUACCUAAGCCUGCUGGGAAAUGAGGCCUGCCCAAACCAGCUGGUCAGCCUGGAUAAGGAUGAGGACGACUACCAGAGAUACAGGUACUUUGUCCUUCAUAAGUUGCCCUGGCUGAAGUUCCUCGACACCCGGAAAGUAACCAGAAGAGAAGUAAUGGAGGCACAGGCAAGAGGCGCAUUCAUGAAAGUGGUCAAACCCAAGUCUGAAGUUGCACCUAAUGAAACCAUAUCUGAUAGUAACCCACUGCCCUACACUCCUUUACCCCGAGGGUCCAGAGAUCCCAGGAACCACAAAGGUGUAUUCGCCAAGUGUCGAUACGUCUACUAUGGCAAGCACUCAGAAGGCAACAGAUUCAUCCGAAACGACCAGCUCUGAUGGUCAGACCAAAGACAUGGAUGUGGCCAGAAGGACAUGGGAUCAAAUCAAUGGCUUAUUUAUAUUAAGACUGCAGUUGAUUUUUGAGUCACCUGAACUCCCAGUGGAAAAGGUUCGACUUUAUCUUUCAUUUUGGCUAUGUAAGGAGAAUAUCUUUUUUUUUUUUUAGAUCUUAAUCCAGUCUCUUCUGCUGAGCUGCGUCUGUGUUGCCUCCCAGCUUCAAGCCUAAAGUCAGAGUCAGGGAUGACACUCCGACUGACAUUAUUGCCUCUAAGCAUCAGCAAGCCUACAACAAGCGCACACACACAAACACACACAAACACACACACAUGCACACAAACAAACCAAAGAUACAUGCAAGGACAGUCCCUCUCUUCUCUUCCUCCCUCUCUGUCUGUCUGUGUCUCUCCCUUACACUUAGUCAGUGACAAACAGAUCCAGCCAAUUGCAUGUUUUUUUCCUUUGACAGCCAUGAUGGAUCACCUAUCCACUAUUGCCACUAAUCAAGGGUGAAAGGGGUGACGGUCACACACCUGGGGCCUGACAUGGACUCAUCCUUCUCAUGCUGUCUCUCUCUGUCUCCCUCUCUCUUCCUUCUGUUGCUCUUUCUCAACACACACCUGCGCAUACAACUGCAGUUUAACAUAUUAACACACACACACACACACACACACACACACACACACACACAUCUGGACAGAACAGGUCUCAACCAGCCUUUUCAACAUCAUACAUUCUAAGUUCAACAUCCAGGCUUGAUUUAUCUUAUUUACUUAGGCUAGGGAUGAUACUUUUUCCUAAUUUUAUUCGAAUAUUUUUUUUUUUUUUUUUUUUUACAAGACAAUCUGACUUCUUAAGUUAGACUUGUACAGUAUGAGACUGUCUCCAUCACUGCAUGCAGUAAUAAUACAUCUGAUGUAACAUGCAACUUUGAAAGUUAAAAACAUUCCAAUUUCAGCUAUAUCAAAGAUCUUGUAAUGCAAGGACCCAUUCCAGGUUUUAUUUUAUGUUAUAGUGAUCAUUUUGAUGUGCUUGGUUUCCUUUGUCAUUCAUCUUUGUCUUUAGGUAAAACCUAAUGUACAAUGUACUGUUUUUAUACAUGCAUCUAAUAAUUCUGGGUCAGUGUAAUCAUAUAGUGUUCCAUUGCACUUUUUGAUGUUCUGAACAUUUGAUCAUACUUUUAUCAUCAUGAAAGUUCUACAGUGUUUUUACAGGUUUUCACUGUGAUUUCACAUCCACCUGACGUGUUUGUGUAAAACGACUCAAAUGUAUGAUACUGUAGCUGAUCUCAUGUACAGUUUGUAUUUGCUGGUUUUUAACUGAUUAAAAAUCCUUUACUAGUACUGUA